GUCCCCGCCGGGCCCCGCGCCCCAUUGGCUACCUCUGGCCGUCACUCAUCCGCGCCCCUAUAAAGGCGGCGGCGGAGCGCGGGGCGCCGCAUACCGAGAGCGGCGGCGGCACCGGAGCGGCCAUGAGCGAGCGCAGCCCCCGUGAGUCCCCCUCCGCGGCGGAGGCCCCCGGCGAGCAGGAGGAAGCCAAAGCUGGUGACCCCAAGAAGGUGGAGGAGGAGGAGGAGCAGAUCGACAUCGACCUGAACGCGCCUGAGACGGAGAAAGCCGCGCUCGCCAUCCAGGGCAAAUUCCGCCGCUUCCAGAAGCGGAAGAAGGAGUUGGGGCCCUGAGCGGCUGCGGGGUCCUGGGACCCCCUGCCUGCAGUGGGCACCCUGCUCUUGCACGUGGGCACGGCCCCAUCCUGACCUCCGCCGUGCCGGAGCCGAGGGGGCUCAGCCCUUCACUACCCCUCGCCCACCCCUGAGCCAGGACCCUGGGUGAAGCUGGUGUGUUGAUGUGGGGGGGUACACGGCUGAGUCCUGUGUCCCCCAGAGUGGAGGUGGCCCUUGUGCGAGGGGAUGGUGCAGAAAUGCCCUUUUCCCUGGGGCAGCCCCCAUUUCCCUGUCCAUGGCAAUAAUGCUGGGGAUGUGUGAGGGGGGCACCAGAGUCCCCUGAGCAGGGGAAGCCCCUGUCCUGUCCCAGGGGAUGGGACACUGGGGGGGGGGGGGGGGAUGACGGACACAACACACGGAUGGGAUGGGACACAGGUCUUGCUGAAGGCUGCAGCCCACCAUGGGAAAACAGGGCUCCUCAUCCUUGCACUGCCCCCUCCCUACACUUCUGUCAUUGUCACCGUCCCCUUGCCCGGGGGAUGGCUUUUAGCAUGUGUAAAGAAUAAACCAUGGGGAAGAGGA